CUUGUCUUAUUGCGCGCGAGUUUUCUCCCGAUUUUCGUGAACCUUCCUCGAUCGUCGUCUUCUUCAGCUAGGGGCUCUGCCCUUUAAAUUCGUUCCACAUUCAAGUUUUAUCCGUGUUUGAAAACGUGCAUUGGACAGAAUUGUUGAAACAUAUUCAUGAAUACAAAGAAGUUGUGACUAGGGCUCUGUUUCAUGUAAUAAUAUCUGAUAAAGUUGCUUUAGGGAUGGAUGUCUCUCAACAAACAUCAAGGGUAAAUUUCUAUUAUUAAUGAAAGAGGGAAUAAAUCAUGGAACUUGAAAAUUUAGAGAGUGUCCAUGCCUAGUCGAAAUAUGAGGAGUCACUUUUACGCCUUGUUCUCGAUAAACUCUCGACUGUUCAUCAUCAUGAAGAUUUGGAGGGGUGACUUGCGGUUUAACAUGUCUUGUGUUUGCUUACACAACUCUCUUUCCGCUGUUCUUUUCAAAUUCUAGAAUAGUUUUUAAGAAGCCCUUGUUUUUAAUCUUGAUUGAUUUCGUUAUGACUGUGGGGAUAAUAUUAACUUCCAAUCUAUGUUGAAAUUUUCUCAUAGCAAGUCAAAUUAAUGAAGUUUACGUGAACUGUCACUAAGGUUGUCGUUUUUCAAGCGUAGAGGGGACCAAACAGUUAGUAGAUUGUGAGCUGGUUUCUUAUGGCCACACGCACCCAAGGCUUCUCACUGCUCUUAAAUCGGCCAACAAAUUUCAAACGGAGCAUCCCUUUUUCAAGGUGGUGAUGAGGCCCUCUUAUGUUAAGUAUGGCUUAGGAAUGCCAAAGAGGUUCACGAGAAAAUACGGUGAGAAUCUCUCAAAAGGGUUCAUGAGAAAAUAUGGUGAGAACUCUCGAAAGGAUGCUUAUGAGAGAAUGGUGCAAUUAUUUGGCCUGUGGAAUUGGAAAAAUAUGGUGAGAUGGUUUGGCUAUCGAAGGGUUGGAAUUAAUUUGCAGAGCAUUACUCUAUCUGUGAGGGCCAAUUUUUGGUCUUUAAAUCUGAAGAGGACUCCAUUUUCCAUGUAAUCAUAUUUGAUAAAAGCACGUCUGACAUAGGAUAUCCGCCAAUCAAUGCUGAUGUGAGGAACCGAGCCUCGGCGAUUGUGGAAUUGUCUUGCUGAAAGUGGAAGAUGCUGGAGAUUGUCAUGAUGUUUCGGUCGAGCUUUAAGUCUUGAGGGAUGGAUUGCAUUCAGCCAAGUGUCCUCGGCUUUGUAUGGCAAGGGAAUUUGAUCAGGUUUGCGAAGUUCACGGCGGUUCCUAUGCACAUUCAUCAGCACAGAGUUUGGAAAGGAACAGAAGUUCAAAUUGCUCAUCAUUAGAUUUUCCAGGUAAGCUGAAAGAGCCAGGCUUGUGCAAUGCUUUUGAACUUGCCAGCAAAUAUAAACCACGAGUAUCCUUUCUCCAAAAUUGCGGUGAGGUGAAUACAUCUGAAGAAAAACAAUGUGAAAUCAUUGGUUGUUAUCUUCUUUCUGAUGACAAAAUCGUGAAAUGUCUGCUUGAGCAGAGAGUUCCUGGUUCAUUCCCAAAGACGCACAUUAAGAAAAGCCCGCAGACCGUGGCUCAUAUUUCAAGACAAAUCAUGGCCAUUGAAGCUCAUCAUCCACGAACAUUAUGGAAAGUUAUCUGCCUGUUGGGAUGCAUUCAUGAGAGAAACUUCUCUGAAGGUGGAAGACGUGUGUGUUCGAGCUUUAUCAAAAGGGACGAUAUUGUGUUCAGAGUAUCCAUCUUCAGAACCACUGAUAAGACUUGGGUGAAUAAUACACUAUGCAAUACGAUAUAGCAGAAAAAGCUUCGCUUUAGCUCACUUUUGGUGAGAACAGAACUUAUAGAAUUGCUAGGCUGAAUUCUGCUUCCGAUUUGGCAAAAUGGAUAAAAGCAUGAGUUUUGUUCUAAUGAAUGCAGUGGUCCUGAAUGUGUAA